AGUGUCUUAACUGCUAAAAACUGUUUUUCCAGAUUUUUUCAUAUUAUUACUAUUAUUUUGCAGGUAGACAUAAAUCACUGUCAUAGCCAUGGGAGCUCCUAACACAUUAACACCAGAGAUUUCCAGGAAAGCCACCAGAAAGCUUGAAAAAAAGAAGAAGAAACAAAAAUCGCAAAUGGCAAACCUUAAGAAAGGACAUAUUGAUAAGGUUGGUCCAUCUUUUAGCAAGAAAAAUGAUGGCACAAAUGAAACCAAACCAGGCUUUAUCAAACAAAUGGGAAAUAAUCCAAUUAAAAAGCAAGAAAAAUCACACAAAAAGUUGCAAGCAAAUGGACCCAUUUUUGGCCACAACUUAGAUGCCAGAAUGGCAGCUCUUCAACAGUUCAUUGAUAAUGAAAUUCAAAGCUCCUCUGUCAAUUCUGACAGAAGCCCUGCAAAAAGUAAUAAACAAAAAGAUUCAUUGGUUUCAUCCGGUAAAAAAAGUGGGAAGAAAAAUGGAAAAGGGAUAAAGGAUACUAAGAGGCUAGAAGAGCUGAAUGCUGGAAUUGAAAAUGAUGACAAGGAAAUAAAAUACCUACAGCGGCAGCUACAGUUUAACUCUCGUCAAAAGGAGAGCAACAACAUGUUUCGCAAUCUUUUUGGUGCAGACAUUGGUGACUUGUUUGACACAUUAGAAUCAGAACCAAGUGAAGCAGACAUGUUAUCUGAGAAACCGCUAUUACCACCUCAGCUUCAUUGCAAGGCAAAAAAUAAGCCUAAACUUGAACUGCCAAAAAAUACAAUUUUUGUUGAAACAAGUAAAGUAGCUUGUGAACAUGCCAGCUCUCUUGCAACCACAGCUCAACCUGAUAUUGUCAAGUCAAAGAAAUGGAAAAGACAGCCAGACAUUGAAGAAGCUCAUGAGCUGGAACCAGAGGCCAAAAUUGGAAAAUAUUGUGAACAUGAUAGACAAAAAAUUACCAAGAAAAACAUAUCAUUGUGCUCUGAAAAUAAAUCAAAUCUUGGAAAGUCAGCCUUAAACCUAAGCAAUGGUUCAACAUACCUAAUUGCUACUUCAUCUCCCUCUUCUUUGAAGCCAAUCAUUAAUACCAAGGCAAAGAAGUUCAAAAAAAAUGGGAGACUAAGUGUUUCAUUUGAUUUAGGAAAAAAUGCUGUCAGAUUCAUUCCUCCAAUCAUCAAAGAAGCUGGCUUUACUGUUCUAGAUGAUAAUGCACCUCUAUUUUGUGAUACUGUAAAUGAGGUUUCUUUGGCUAAAGGUGAAAAAGCUUUGAAAAAGUGCAAGAAACCAAAGUAUUCUGAUACCAAGGAAGAUAUUCAAAUGAGAGCUUCAUUUUGUUAUGCAGGUAAGAAAAAGUCUUGCAAAAAUUUUCACAAUGAGACUUUGAAUGUGGAUGCAUUGGACUUCAACAAUUCUGAUGUGAGCAAUUUUGGUACAGGUAGUAUAGAAAGGGACAGUUCUGAUGGCGAAUUAAAUUCUGAGGAAAGUCAAUACUCUGGAAAUGAUGUGCGCAGUGAUUAUAGUGAUUCUGAUGAAGAUACUGGAUCAGAGAUUAGCAAUUGUGACUUCUCUGACAUGUUGGAAGGUUUUGAAGAUGGUGUUGGUGGUUCAAGUGAUGAUGAUGUUCAUAUGGAAGCUGAAUUCACAGACAGUGAUGACUCUGGAGAUGAUGAGGAUUUUGUUGAAGAAAGUAACCUGGAAACUGAUGACAACUGCCAAGUUGUGAAGCCAAAGGUUUGUGAGGCAGAAGACAUAUAUGGCCGUCUGCGCGACUCAGAAGGAAAUGUCAUUGAAGAAAACACAGGCACCAAAGUGUCUAGCUACUUGACUCCUGAACAGCGCAAGCAUGAUGAAACUUUGCAGGAACAGUUGAGAGAUGAUGCCAUAAAACGGGUCCGUACUCAGCUCCGAGGUAGACUCAACAGACUGGCUGAAGUGAAUCUAGCUGGAACUGUCACUAUGGUUUGCUCACUGUAUGGAAAUCAUCCAAGGCAUUUGCUGAAUGUGGUGUUUUCUGAGCUGUUGCUGGCUGAGCUGGCAAGUGAGAUGCUCACUCUGGACCGCCACUGCCAGGAGUGUGCAGUUUUGCUGGCUGCCGUUGCUUCCAAUGUGGCUGAAGAGAUUGGUGCCCACAUCUUGACUGACUUUGUUGUAAGCUGGCACGAGGAGAUGCAGAAGGGAGCUGAGGCAAGCAGUGCUCGACUGCGCAACUACGUGAUGUUUGUGUGCCACCUCUUCAGCUUUGGUCUCCUGCACUCUGCACUGAUCUAUGAUAUCCUCAAGAAGCUCACCUCUCAAUUGACUGCCCAUUCAGUAGACCAGAUGAUUCUUGUGAUGAACAGUGUUGGUUUCUUGCUGCGUAAAGAGGACCCGCUCUCUCUGAAGGAUUUUAUUGUGGCUGUUCAGCGAGAGGGUUCUUCUUCCAAUAUUCCUCAGCUACAGCUCCUGAACACAAUGCUUAGAGCUAUCAAGAACAACAAUGAGUCCAAGAUGCCUGACUACGACCCCACGUACACGGAGCACCUGCGCAAGCUUCUCAAGUCCUACGUCGGCGGUGAUCUGAAGGUGACGGCGCUGCGCGUUACGCUUGACGAUUUGCUGCAUUCCGAGACUCGUGGGCGCUGGUGGAUUGUUGGCUCUGCAUGGACCGGUGGAUCUCUUAUGCAAGCUUACAAACCUUCUGAUCAUGCUAAUGCCGCAAAGUCUCUCUCCACAGAGACGAAGUUCUCUGCUGAAUUCAUGAAAAUGGCCGAGAGUAUGCGGAUUACAAGACCACCAAAAAUCAAUAUUCUCUUCGCCCUCACUGUUGGGUCAGAUAGUGUUGAAGAGGCCAUCAUAAAACUCAAGGAGCUAAGUUUGGCACCAUCACAAGAAAAGCUUAUUUUUGAUGUAAUGUUGUAUUGUGUUCAGAAAAUGCGCGUUUAUAAGUCCUUCUAUGCCAUUUUAAGCAGUCGAAUGUGUGACAAUGAACACAAAUACAAGAGAUUGUUACAGCACGCAUUAUGGGACAAGUUAUCCGACAUUGAUGCCAUCAAGUCUAAAGAACUCAAAAACAUGGCCAAGUUUAUCUUGCAAAUCGUGAAGGAGGAUGCUCUUAAUCUAUCAGUUCUCAAAACUUUGCCGUUUGCUGAAACGAAUCAAAAGAUCGUUGGAUUUCUAGAAGAUGUUUUCUGUCAGUUAUUCAAGCAUGAAGAGGGAGACCAUGUCAGUUAUGACGCGUUCAAAAAAUUGUUCCUUUCGAAAAAAUUGCAGCCUUUGAGAUUGCAGUUCAAACUUUUCAUUCAAGUGUUCAUCAUGCCUAAGUGUGAGAGUGGUGAGUUGGACACGCGGUGCAGACAGCGUGUAGAAAGAGUUAUUGAUCUGCUCAGCAGUGACAUGGGAGCACUUCUGUAAGACUGGAACACACAGUUUCCAGUCAACUUGAGCACUGAAAUUAGAAUUCUGAAGCACGGCUAAUAAUUUUGCUGGAUGUUUAAUUUAUUCUAAAUACCAUGCCUGUCUUUGAAAAACUAAAUAUGGAUCCUUCAUAGAGGUAAAGGAUGUAAACUUGCAAUGAGAUAUUCUUAUUUCAUUCUUCGCCCUGAUAUUGAGCCUAGUGAGUGAUGCGAUUCACCAAGACGAGAAAAAUUGUCAUUGGUGCAUUUUACCUUUUAUUUGUCAGCACUUCAGCAUUUUUUUACAGAUUUAACCAGCAUCAACGUUACCGGUACUGUUAUUUUUAACUGUGAAAUUUAUACCAUCGAUUUUUUCAAAAUUAUUUUUCCAGUCAAAAAGUUUGACUUUUUCUUCUAUAUUUGUCUGAAGUUUGGGUUAUUCUUUUUCAUUUCAUUUUGCAAGGGAUUUUUUUUCACUCAAAUUAUGCGAUGCAUGAAUUUGAUACUAUUUAAAUGUCACGAUGUAUUAUUUUCCGUUGUACGUACUGCAUUAAUCGGAUAUUAAUUGCCUUAAUUUGUAUUUUUCCAAAUCCGUAGAUUUAAUUCAGUAUUAGAAUAUCAACUUGA